UUGAGUCUCCUCCUUAGAGAGAGAGAGAGAGAGGGAGAGAGAGAGAGAGAGAAUUGUGUUCUUGCAUAGUUCCAAUAAUGGCAAAGACGAAUCAAUCCAUCAUUAUCUUCUGUUCCCUUCUUCUGCUUCUACUCUCUGCAACAACUUCUCAUCCUCUUUGCUCAGAUUCAAAGACUCCAGCCAACAACAACGAGACACUCCAGUUCUGCGAUUCCUACACAGGACGUUCUUGCUGUACUUCCAAAGAUGAUCUUCAAUUGCAGAAUCGCUUCAACUCAAUGAACAUCUCUGACUCAAACUGUUCCUCCCUUCUCAAAUCCAUCCUCUGUGCUAAAUGUGAUCAGUCCUCAGGACAACUGUUUGAUGAUAAUUCUGAAAUCCCAAUUCUAUGCAACUCAACUUCACAAGACUUAUGCUCAAAACUAUGGGAUUCAUGUCAGAACAUCUCCAUUGUCUCUUCUCCCUUUAGUCCCACUCUACUAGGUGGUGCUACUUCGCCUCCUGCUCCCUCUAAUUCAUCGACGUUAACCGAUCUUUGGAAAUCCCAAUCCGAAUUCUGUACCGCUUUUGGUGGACCAUCCAACAACAUAACCAAAUGCUUUAAUGGUAAACCGGUUAACAAAGACACUGGUGGUGAUGUAAAGCCACCUAAAGGAAUAUGUCUUGAGAAGAUAGCAACCGGGUCUUACUUAAACAUGGUUGCUCAUCCUGAUGGUUCGAACCGGGCCUUUUUCUCUAACCAACCUGGUAAGAUUUGGUUAGGAACAUUACCGGAUCAAGAUUCAGGUAAACCGAUGGAAAUAGACGAAUCGACUCCUUUCGUUGAUAUUACCGAUCAAGUCAGUUUCGACACGCAGUUUGGUAUGAUGGGAAUGGCGUUUCAUCCUAAGUUCGCAGAGAACGGGAGGUUCUUCGCGUCUUUUAACUGCGAUAAAGUCAAAUCUCCUGGAUGCUCUGGUUGUUGUGCUUGCAAUUCUGAUGUAAAUUGUGAUCCUUCUAAGCUACCUAAAGACGAUGGUGCGCAGCCUUGUCGUCAUCAGACCGUUGUGGCUGAGUAUACUGCUAACGGCACUUCCUCGAGUCCUUCAAUGGCAAAGAUUGGUAAAGCCUCUGAAGUGAGGAGGAUUUUCACUAUGGGACUUCCGUACUCGUCAUCUCACGGUGGUCAGAUUCUCUUUGGACCUGAUGGUUAUUUGUAUCUCAUGACUGGUGACGGAGGAGGAGUUUCAGAUACUCACAACUUUGCACAGAACAAGAAGUCGUUGCUUGGCAAAAUCUUGAGGCUUGAUGUUGAUGUUAUGCCAAGCGUAUCUGAAAUCUCUAAGCUUGGUUUAUGGGGAAACUACUCUAUCCCAAAGAACAAUCCUUUCCAAGGAAAUGAAAAUGAGCAGCCUGAGAUUUGGGCUUUAGGGCUACGAAAUCCAUGGCGUUGCAGCUUUGAUUCCGAAAGACCAGAUUACUUCUUGUGCGCCGAUGUUGGAAAGGAUACAUAUGAAGAAGUUGAUAUCAUAACAAUGGGUGGAAACUAUGGCUGGAGAACUUACGAAGGCCCUUAUGUUUUCUCACCGUUAUCGCCUUUAAGAAGAAAUGUUUCCGCGGACUCAAACCUGACAUUCCCAAUUCUCGGUUACAACCACUCUGAAGUGAACAAGCAUGAAGGAUCAGCUUCCAUUAUUGGAGGUUACUUCUAUCGAUCCGACACUGAUCCUUGCUCUUAUGGACGUAAGUACUUGUAUGCAGAUCUUUAUGCAAACGCAAUGUGGGCAGCGAUCGAAUCACCAGAAGAUAGUGGAAACUUCACGGACUCUCUAAUACCGUUUAGUUGCAGCAAGGAUUCGCCCAUGAAGUGUACCGCGGCUCCAGGAGGAGCUAGCUCAGGACCUGCUCUUGGUUACAUCUACUCUUUUGGACAAGACAAUAACAAGGAUAUACAUUUGCUCACGAGCUCUGGUGUGUACCGAAUUGUUCGUCCUAGUCGUUGUAACUUAGCUUGCUCCAAGGAAAACACUACCGCUUCUGCUGGAAAACAGAGCCCUGCUGCUCCAUCUCCUCAGCCUUUACCUUCUUCCGCAAGAAACCUCUGUUUCUCUGUGUUUCUGUCAUUGUUGUUCUUCUUCUUGUUGAUGUUAGUUAACUAUUCUAUGAUGCUCUAAUCAAGAUCUCACCACCUAAAGUGACGCCUGAAAAGCGGGGACACAUUAACCCCUCGAGCGGGAUAUCAAGCAAGCAAAAGAUAGUUUUGGACCA